UAACGAUCCAUUUCGAACUGGGAAUCAAAGAAAUGUCGAAACAACAAGAGCUAAAGAAGAUAUUGAAGACACUACUGCCCAAGGCAGUAACAGGGGCACUGACAUUUCAGAACCACCCGUUCAGCCCAAGGAGGGAUCACCAAGUUGUUCACAAAUAUCAUAAACAUGGUGGUCCGAAGGGAUCAAUAAUGAUGAUUCCCGAUGAAGCUAGAAGAAGGAGAUCCAAGUAUGGAAGCUCAGGCAAUGGAAGUACCAGAUCUCUUGAACCCACUUCACCAACCGUGUCGUGCAUGGGACAGAUCAAGAACAAGAAGCGCCAGCAUCGGCAACGCGUUAAGAAAGCCAAAUCCAAGCGUAUAACGCUCCCCAGUAGUGUACAGAAAUCGAGGCCACUUAUCAGAAGUGUGUCGAAGGCUAAGAAUAAGAAGCAAACGUCGACGUUUAGGAGGAUAUUCUGGAGAGAUCAGAGGAAAUCGUCCCGUGCUGCGGAGGUUGACGGCGGAUCAGCCGCCGUAGCAGCGCCGGAACUUAGCCAGAUGAAGCGGUUUGCAAGUGCACGUGGCGCUUUGGCUAAUUUUGAUUGGAAGGCUCAUGUGGUGGCGCCGGAGGAUGAUGAAGACGAUGAGACCCUAAUCUCAUUCUCUGAGCCCAUUGUAGCUUUGCAACCAAAGACAAAUUAA